UGUCCGGAUCACUUUGUCUCCCCUUUUCCUUCUACUCCUCUCUUUUCUUCCUUCCUCUCCACUCCUUGCGGGUGAAGACUUCUUUCAGCAGCUGCUACGAGGCAGCAGGUGGUUCAAAGUGCAACUUCUUCUUCUUCUAGUUCGUUAACCAGGUGGUGGAGCUGAGGACUGCUCCUGCAAGAGCAACUACACUGGAUUGUAUGACAAGUCAGCACCAUGUCUUGACUAGAGACUUAUUUUGCACCUGAAUCUGAUAAUUUUUCUUCCUGCAUUGAGAUUAUCCUUGGAGGUGGGAUUUUUGGGUUGUGAGAUGAUCACCUACAUAUCAAGCUGAACUUACAGCAGCUUUGAUUAUUUCAUCUAGAGAACCCAUCCUGUUUAGUCUGUAGUUCUCUUGCUUUAUGAUAAUGGAUAAGUACCAUUCAAAUUCAUUAAAUGGAAAUCAAAGACCCUAUUAUCCUCCACCUGCCUCUUAUGACAGACCUCCAAUGCAUCCGCCACCUCAAAGUCCAUAUCCUCCUCCUGCUGUGUCUAAUCAUCCCGGUGUUCCUACCUUUGAUCGUGUGCCUUCAAACUCAUACUCAUUCCCUCAUUCAGAGCCACAAUUUUCAUAUCCAUAUCCACAUCUUAAUCCUCAUCUCUCACCUAAUUUUUAUCCUAAUCCUCCUCCCAUGCCACCACAGCCACCUGCUCCACCUUUUGGGUACCCACCAGAUUUUCAACAAGGGAGUUUCUAUCAGAAUCUUACAUCCUACCAUCAUAAUCAGCAUUAUCAGUCUGACCAAUUUCCUUAUCAGGAAAAUCCUCAUUCUUAUCAAGGGAGUCAUCCCUCUUUAGCUCCAAGCUUGUCUAGCCACAACUCUUUCAAUUUAUGCACACCUUCAGCUCCUACUUUUUCACCGGAUGAUCUUGGGGCCUCAGGCCACUUGUCUGAUGGUCAACCUACCUCUGGUAUUCUUUCUGCUUCUAGCUCAUUCAGUGGAAGCCAGAGGCAGGAUUCAGGGUAUUUAUAUGCUGGUAUUGACAAGCACCAAGAUUAUUCAUUCUCUGAAGAUUCACAGCAUAGUGUAAGCCAACAGAUAGUCUUGCAUUCGGAAGGUAAAACAUCUCUGAAAGUGUUGUUGCUUCAUGGGAGUCUUGAUAUAUGGAUUUAUGAAGCAAGAAACCUUCCCAACAUGGAUAUGCUCUCCAAGAGUUUGAGUGACAUGUUGAGGAUAAAAGUUUCUACCAGAGUUGCUGAUAAGAUUGACCAGCACAUGCCUAGUCAACAUUCAAUAACAAGCGACCCCUAUGUUUCUGUUUCUAUAUCAAAAGCUGUGAUAGCAAGGACCUAUGUGAUCUCUAAUAACGAAAACCCCAUCUGGAACCAGUAUUCUCGUGUUCCAGUCGCACACCAUGCUGCAGAAGUGCAAUUCUUUGUUAAGGAUAGUGACAUGGUCGGCUCUCAGCUAAUUGGAACUGUAUCAAUCCCAGUGGAGAAAAUCUACUCUGGUUUGAAGGUAGAGGGCUCUUUUCAGAUCCUUGGUCCCGACAGAAGACCCUGCAAAACUGGCGCUACCUUGAAGAUCUCAAUUCAGUAUACCCCCAUUGAGAGAUUAACAUCAUAUAAUCUUGGAGUUGUUGGCCAAGACCAUAGAGGGAUUCCUGGUACAUACUUCCCUGUGAGGAAGGGUGGAAUAGUUACACUUUAUCAGGAUGCACAUGUUCCAGAUGGUUGCCUUCCAUCUUUGAGGCUUGAUGGUAACAUGCCUUACCAACAUGGAAAGUGCUGGUGGGACAUCUUUGAAGCAAUCAAGGGGUCAAGUCGUUUGAUCUACAUUACUGGAUGGUCAGUGUAUCACAUGGUUAGGCUGGUUCGGGAACCAGGUUACUACUCUGACACUCUAGGGGAUCUUCUGAAGAAAAAGUCACAGGAAGGUGUAAGAGUCCUACUUCUUGUUUGGGAUGAUCCUACUUCAAGGAGCCUUCUCGGAUUUCAAACGGAUGGCAUGAUGCAAACUCAUGAUGAGGAGACACGCAAAUUUUUUAAACAUUCUUCAGUUCGUGUGCUUCUCUGUCCUCGAUCUGCUGGGAAACGUCAUAGUUGGAUCAAGCAACAGGAAACUGGGGCAAUUUAUACUCAUCACCAAAAGUCGGUGAUCUUGGAUGCUGAUGCUGGCAAUGGCAAGAGAAAAAUUAUUGCUUUUGUUGGGGGGCUGGAUUUAUGUGAUGGGCGAUAUGAUACUCCUAAGCAUUCGUUAUUUAGGACUUUGGAGACUAUCCACAAGGAAGAUUAUCACAACCCAACAUUUCCAGCAGGUGUGACUUCCCCAAGGGAGCCGUGGCACGAUUUACACUGCAAAAUUGAUGGCCCUGCUGCUUAUGAUGUCUUGACAAACUUUGAAGAGAGGUGGUUAAAAGUUUCAAAACCCCGUGGAAUUGACAAACUUAGAAGGUCUGAAGAUGAUUCAUUACUGAAGCUUUCAGGCAUUUCUGAGAUACUUAGCAUGGAAGAUGCACCAUAUUUAAAUGAAAAUGAUCCAGAAGCAUGGCAUGUACAGAUAUUCAGGUCAAUUGACUCCAAUUCUGUGAAGGGCUUUCCUAAGGAUCCAAAACAAGCAUUAAGCAAAAGUUUGACAUGUGGCAAAAAUGUAAUGAUUGAUAUGAGCAUACAUACAGCAUAUGUUGAGGCCAUUCGAGCAGCACAACAUUUCAUUUAUGUUGAGAAUCAAUACUUCAUUGGCUCUUCAUACAACUGGUCUUCAAACAGCGAUGCAGGGGCGAACAAUCUUAUACCCAUGGAAAUAGCUCUAAAAAUUGCAGAAAAAAUAAAAGCAAAGAAAAGAUUUUCUGCAUAUGUUGUAAUCCCAAUGUGGCCUGAGGGUGUACCGACUAGUACCGCUACACAGAGAAUUCUCUAUUGGCAGCAUAAGACAAUGCAAAUGAUGUACGAGACAAUUUUCAAAGCAUUGGAAGAAGUUGGCCUUGAAAAGACGUACCACCCACGUGAUUAUUUGACCUUUUUCUGCCUUGGGAACCGUGAAACAAAAGAUGGGAAUAUUACUUCAUCUUCAAGUUCAGCUGCAGAAAAUACUCCACAGGCACUCGCUCAGAGGAACCGUCGCUUCAUGAUCUAUGUCCAUUCUAAAGGAAUGAUAGUCGAUGAUGAAUAUUUGAUCUUGGGAUCGGCAAAUAUCAACCAGCGCUCUAUGGAUGGUACAAGAGACUCAGAGAUUGCAAUGGGUGCUUAUCAACCUCACCAUACAUGGGCAAGGAAAUCAUCUAGUCCACAAGGACAGAUCUAUGGCUACCGUAUGUCCCUCUGGGCGGAGCACUUGGGAGGCUUGGAGGAUUGUUUUAGACAGCCAGAGAGUCUGGAAUGUAUGAGAAGAAUUAAUCAGUUGGCAGAGUUAAACUGGCAACAGUUUGCAGCAAAUGAGGUUACAGACAUGAGAGGGCAUCUUUUGAGGUACCCAGUUGACGUUGAUUCUAGAGGCAAAGUAAAGGCUCUUCCUGGAUGUGAAACUUUCCCAGAUUGUGGAGGCAAGAUAUUAGGGACCUUUAUAUUCGUUCAAGAAAAUCUGACGUUGUAAAAUCAGUUGAGGAGCAAACAUGAUGGCCGAGCACCUUUGUAUGGCUCCUAUUUUUCUUUGUAAUUGAUCUCGAUGCUGUGAAACUACUGUUCAACUAUGCAAGUCAAUUUAGUAAGGAAACGAGUGGCUUUUGUA